UUGCAAAGAGCCACAGCUUUCUAGACAUGCCUGCACGAUACAUGGACAGUGUAUAGAGAGAAUAUAAUGAAAUAAACGCUGGUAGGCUAUAUAUCUCAUUCUGGGGAAACCUCUGCUCAUAUAAGACAUUUUCCUUUGCUGGUGCUAAAGUUAAACAGGAUAGUCGUAUAUUCUAUCUGUAUUUGGACAAAAAACACGAACUGAUAAUGGUCAAAAAACGAAUGGAUGACAUACAACUUCAAGCUCGAGAUGAGAGUGAAUAGGCUGACGGUUGCAUUCACUUACCACAAAGACGCACUGUUUCAGAAGAAUGAGAACUCCAGAAUACAGUAAAUUCAACUGAUUUAUUUUACCUUAAUUGUGAAAAUCACAGUUAUUAUUGGCACUGAAUACCAUAUCCCUGAAACUACAAUAUCUGCAUGGGUUAGGUGUAAAAUAUGGAACCAGUCAGCAUUUUAAGGUUGACCACUGAAUGUUAAGAUGGCCCACCUUUUCCUAGCCAGCAAAAUCUCUAUGCCAGACGACCCCAUGAGCAGAAACUCGCCGAAAGUCCCCAAAAGCGCAAUGAAAAUGCCCACAUCAACCUCAGAGAAAGUCCCUACAGAGAAAUCCAACAACAAAAACAACAACAAGAAGGACCGUAGCGUCGUCGUGACGACCGUCCCGUUAAUCAACGAGAUGCAGCUGACAGCGGCCACAGGCGGGGCGGAGAUGUCGUGCUACCGGUGCACAGUGCCGUUCGGCGUGGUGGUCCUCAUUGCCGGUAUUGUGGUAACUGCUGUAGCGUACACGUUCAACUCACACGGCUCCACCAUCUCGUUGCUGGGGCUGGUUUUGCUAUCGGCCGGGAUGGCGCUGCUGGGGUCCAGUGCUCUCUGCUGGAGGGUCCGGCUGGGAAGGAAGAAGGACCGGAGGAGGGAGAGUCAGACGGCCCUCAUGUCUAACCAUGGACUCUGUGUGGCCUGAGCCCUGAGGGAAGAUAGGGACUGUUAAAUGGAAGUUUGAACGAUUUGAAGUCAAGGUGCCUGUGUGGCCUGAGGGGAAGACUGGGACUGUGGAACAGUUAAAUGGAACAAUUUGAAGUUUGAAUGAAGAGUUAAUGAACGAAAAAAAGACUACUAGAGAUAGAUGAGGAAUGUCAGAGGUGGUUGGGUAUGAAGGACUCACACAUUGUCCAAGACAGAUGCUUAGCUGAAGGACUAGAAUGGCCUAGAAAUACUAUCUGUACUAUAGGUAAGAUCCUAUCUGUAAGGACUAGAGUGGCCUACAAAGACUGGCAGGUAGCCUAGCAGUUAAGCCUGUUGAGCCAGUAACCAAAAGCUUGCUGGUUUGAAUCCAUGCACUGACUAGAUAAAAAAAGAUUUUGAUGUACCCUUGAGCAAAGCACUUAACCCUAAUUGCUCUGGAUAAGAGUGUCUGCUAAAUUACAAAAAAAAUGCAAAGUCUGGUGAAUUGUUCUCCCAGGUCAUUUGAGAAGACCAGGACUGAUCAUGAAGGUGGAAUAACCAAAUUAUUGGAGAGUAGGGUGAAGUUGCCCCUAGAUUCUGAUCUUGAGGCAUUUUUGCAUUUUCCUCACUAAUGGUUAAGGUUAGGAUUGGGGUAGAGGAAGCUGAUGCUAGAUCUAUACUUAAACUUCACCCCGGAGCAGAAAGGAUAGUUGCACGGUGGACCAUGAUUCUCCAUUCUACUAUACUCAUGCACGUCAUGUGAUGCAUCUGUGACUCUAUGGCUGCUCAAUUUAUGUUUCAAGUGAACAUUUCAUAGGUACUUAAUGUUAUGUUCUAGAUAUGUAGACAGUAGCUGACUUUACAGGGUCAAAGCUCCCUUUAUUACUGCAUAAAGUGAACGUAGGAAGUGAUUGCCUAAAUGAAGUGAAUGUUUCUCUCAUGAUCGAUAUGCAUGACUUUUUAUGCUUCCAAUGUACUUUUGUAACUGCCUAUUAUGCACAAUAUUGAUUAAUUUGAUACAUUUUGUGGUUUCAUAUGUAGCAUUGUACUCUGGUUAAGUUGUAUUUUCAUGCUAUUUAUGACAUAUCUAUUGAUAUAUAUUUGGAAUAUUUGUGCCAUUAAACUUAAGAUGUUAAAUCGAUGUGCCAAUAAAUCAGU